GUCCACCAACCUGUUCUUACCUACCCUGGAGCUUACAGAAGAGUUACAGUAGAGCUAAAGAUUCACCAUCUGGCUGUAGAUGCUCUUCUAAAAAGCAACCAAGUCAAUGAGUUGGAAGGAGGUGCUUUGUUAGGGUUUGAUCAUGACAUAAACUCUGGACCAUUUGCCAUAAAUGAUCAGAAUGGCAUUGAUGAGGCCACUUCAUGUGCACGUGCUUUUCGAGUCCUAAAGCAGUUAAUCCAACGGUGCCUUGCAGAUGCAGUUACAUCUGGAAAUGCAUAUGCUGAUGCAAUAUUGCAACAUCUAUAUCGAUGGCUAUGCAGCUCUUCACCAGCUCCUUCACAAGGAAAACAUGAUCUGCCUGCAGCCAAAGCUUACUGUGAUAGUUUGUUGCGAACUCUGCAGUCUAGAGAUCUAUUUGAAUGGAUUGAACUUGAACCGCUUCAGUUCUGGAACUCAUUGCUAUUCAUGGAUCAGUAUAACUAUGGUGGAAUACCAGCAAAAUCUGAUGAUGCGAUUAAUGACGAAUCUCAAGUUGACAUUAUAUCAAGUUGGAACAUUGCCGAAUACUUGCCAAAGAAAAUCCAGGAUCACUUUGUUUUCAUUGUUUCUCAAUUCAUGUACAUUCCCUGGAACUAUGCACAAAGACAAGCUGCAAUACCGGCUUCAUCACAAAGUGGCGACUCCUGCACCCCAUCAAUCACUAUUGGAGCUGCAGAGAAAUUUGAAUCACAUGUGACGGAAUAUAUUAAAGGACAGAUCAGCUCUUACUUCACAGACAAGCUUCUGGGAAUUGUUGGCGAUAUUAUGCAUCAUAUGAAGGAGAUAAGACUAGAAAAAGACCAGAAUGUAUCAUCUGGCAAUCCUCAACUUGCGGCUGAUUUCCACAAAGGGGACGCAGCCUUGGAAUUUAUCAAGCAUGUCUGUGCCGUCCUCGCCCUGGACCAGAGUGUGCAGCAUGACGUUCUGGUCAUGAGAAAGAAUCUGUUGAGAUUUGUUCGGGUCAGGGAGUUUGCACCAGAAGCUGAGUUUCGUGAUCCGAGUCAUUCAUUCAUAUUACCCAAUGUCAUCUGCAGCUACUGCAAUGAUUGCAGAGAUUUGGAUUUGUGCCGUGACUCAGCUUUAUUAAGUCAGGAGUGGCAUUGUGGCGUGCCGCAGUGUGGGCAGCCAUAUGAUCGUGAGGUGAUGGAAAAUGCACUUCUUCAGAUUGUACGACAGAGAGAACGGCUAUACCACUUGCAAGAUCUGGUGUGCGUCAGAUGUUACCAGGUUAAAGCUGCUCAUUUAGCUGAGCAAUGUGCUUGUGCGGGAUCAUACAAGUGCAAGGAAGAUAGAACUGAAUUUCGCAAUAAGAUGCAGGUUUUCUACAACAUAGCUGUUCGCCAAAAAUUCCAGCUCCUUCAGGAAUGCACCUCAUGGAUUCUAGAGUUGAGAUAGCUCUUAACAUUUAGUCGGCAACGGUCACUGCGUACAUACGUCGAAGAUGUCCCGGGCAGCAUUACCAAUCGUCAAAUUCGACUUGUAUAGAAGCCAAAAAAAAAACAAAAGAAUGAAAAUUCGAUUAUGCUUGGCUGGCCUGCUUAAUACCAUCUCUCAGAUCGUCAGUUUCUUGAGACUUAAUUCUUUUAUUCGGUUAGUGCUAGAGGUAUGUAAAAUAUGUAUAUAAAUUAUUUAUAUCGAUCAAUGAUCAGGUAUCAACAUCUCUA